AUGCGUUACUCUUUCUUCGCUCUAGCCACAGCCGGCGUCCUCGCCUCAGCUCAAUCUACAAUUCCUCUUGGCGAGAACUGCACUCCGGGUGGCACUCCGUGUGCCGGCGGCGCCAACUGCUAUGCUACCAACUCCAUGCUCCAGCCCUUAUGCGGAAACUUCCAGUCUUCUUGCACCAGUGACGCGCAAUGUGCAUUCAACACUUGCAACGGCGGCUUCUGCAAUGGCGUCAAGGCUUCUUCUUCCUCAACCCCACCGACCGUCACAAGCAGCUCGUCUGCGCCCGGAUGGAGUCCCGCCCCUUCACCCACGAUUGUCGCGCCCGCUGGCUCUCUUUCUCUGGGUGCUGAGUGCAACCCUUUUGUCACACCUAGCCAGUGUAUCGAGGGUGUACAGUGCUGGGCCAGCAACGCCGGUUUGAUCGCGAGAUGUGGUAACUUCAACGCCGCAUGCAAGACCGAUGCGCAGUGCGCCUACAACACCUGCAACAACGGCCUUUGCAACGGUCUUCGUGCGUCGUCUUCUGGCCUGCCUGUAGCUUCUUCUUCUGGUCUUCCUGUGGCUUCUUCCAAGCCAGUCCCAGGAACCAUAAGCAUCAAGCCUACCCCUUCUUCCGGCUCGGGUGGAAACGGUACCGUGAACCCAUCUCACACUCCCUCAUCUACUUCGUCCGGCACCCCGGAGUUCACCGGCGCUGCGUCAGCUGAGAAGGUAGCGGGCGGCAUUUUCGCCAUUGUCUUCGGUGCUAUCGCUUUGGGCUUGUAG